GGUACCGCCUCUUAAUACCGAGUAGUGUGUAGUCUGCUCGUACUGUUGUUUCCCAACAAACAAAACUUCCCCAAAACCCGUUUAACAACGGUUGCCUUUCUUCCUUAAAACACUUUAAAACAACAUUUAGCUGUAAAGCAGCUUCUUAACGGGUAUUUACCGUUAUUGUAUGUGCGGUAAUAACAUGUCGGCGCCUCUACCUGCCAUCGUGCCUGCUGCCCGCAAAGCCACCGCGGCGGUAAUUUUCCUGCAUGGCCUCGGUGACACGGGACAUGGCUGGGCAGAAGCCUUUGGUGGCAUCAGGAUACCACACAUCAAGUACAUCUGUCCACAUGCUCCUUCCAUGCCUGUCACUUUAAAUAUGCGAAUGUCCAUGCCUUCCUGGUUUGACAUUUACGGCUUAAGCCCGGAAGCGGAAGAAGACGAGGCCGGCAUCAAGAGAGCGUCAGACAACAUUAAAGCCAUGAUAGACCAGGAAGUCAAGAAUGGUAUUCCAUCCCAUAGAAUCAUCCUGGGUGGAUUCUCACAGGGUGGCGCUCUGUCGCUGUACACGGCUCUGACCACCCAGCAGAAGCUGGCCGGGGUGGUCGCCCUUAGUUGCUGGCUUCCUCUGCGCAAUGCCUUUCCUCAGGCGUCGGCUAUCGGAGUCAACAAGGAUGUACCGGUACUGCAAUGUCACGGUGACGCCGACCCUUUGGUCCCAUUGUCCUUCGGCAGUCGCACCGCUGAAAAACUGAAGACCCUUUUGGCCCCCGAUAAUGUCACCUUCAAGUCCUACUCGGGCCUGCCGCACAGCGCCUGCCCGGAGGAAAUGGUGGACAUCAAACGUUUCAUCGAGAAGCAUCUACCCGCCGUUAGCGAUGAAUGAACACACGAUCCCACCGGAAUCUGCUCUGAGGACACUUGACGAGAAAAAAACACGCCUCCACCGAUGCGCCGUUUUUUUUUCAGCGAUGUGCGGGACUGCUGCACGUGAGGCUCGUCCAGUCCCGUCCCGCAGCGGCGUUACCUUAGCGUGACGUUAGUUGCUUGUUGCAAUGCUAAGAAGCCAUUUCCUAUAACGGAGUAACUAGGGCUGUAUUUUAACGCACAAUAAAUGGCCUAUUAAGUGUUUUUUUUUUUUUUUUAAAUUAGUGGACGCAAAAACUGCUUACUAGCUGGCUUACUCAUUGGCUGCCAUUGAUGGUAAUAGACGUCCAAAUCCUGGGAGAACUGACUACACGGGCGUAGGUUUGGUCUCAACAUUGGUAGGGACACUAUAACAGCAUAACCUGCAUGUACACUUUUUGCUGGGGACGGGGCAUUUUUAAGACCAAACAGAUUGGGUGAAUGGGGGUCAGGGCUACAUUUCUCACGAAUAUGCUGAUGCCUUUCCUGUGUAAAAAUGAAAAAAAUUUGUUAUUUUCAUUGGAGAGAGUCAUUUUUUCCAAAUGGGGGAAUUACUCCUUGGUUCAUAUAAAGGAAAUUUACAAUUUUUUGUGGGGGUAGGGGUUAAAAAUGUCUGCAAUGGCUGCAAAUCAAAAUAUUAAAUGAUAUAGAAAAUAAAUGCAUUUUUAUUUAUGAAUAUAUCCACUUAAUGCAUGGUUGAAUUAACGUUAACAGUAGAAAACAAAAACAGGGACAGUUCUCUUUAAGCACCUUCCUAUUCAAGUUUUGCAGGUUAGCAAGUUCACACAGUUUAAUGCAGGGGUGUCCAAACUUUUUGCAAAGGGGGCCAGAUUUGGUGUGGCAAAAAUGUGGGGGGCCGACCUUGGCUGACGCCCUUUACGUAGAACAAUAUAUUUAACCAAAUUUUAGCAACCCAUUCUGUGUGUCACAUAUAUUAUAUAUAUUUUUUAAUUAAUGAUUUCAAUCUCGCCAUUAGCCUUUUUGGCGUUCUCUUUCGAGUCUCAGGCUCCUGCAAAAUACUGCUGCUGUGAAAUUGAACUAGCUUUAAGUUGCUUCAAUUUCUCGCUGCGUAUCUUCCCUGUAAUCUGGUCGUACAUGGCAGCGUGUCUCGUUUGGUAAUAUCGCCUCACAUUUUGAACUCUUUAAAAACAGUGACUGUCUCUUUGCAAAUGAGACAUACAGUUGCUGCGUAUUUCAGUGAAGAAAUAGUCCAAUUUCCAUCUAUCCUUGAAGUGUCGGCCGUCGCAGUCUUUUUUUGUUGAUUGUCGCUAUUUUAGAAAAUUGGAAGUAAAGGGUCACAGUGUUGCUUAGAGUGCUACUGCCUUUUAGUGGGUAAAUGAGGAGCAGCGUUUAGUGUGUCAGCUACUUCAUAUGCUGGUUGCUGUACUGCUGACCAAUUUAUUAAGUGUGUGUGGGCCAGACGGUAUUGAUUUUAUGACAGAGGCUGGGGGCUGGAUGAAAUUUGACCAAAGGCCGCAUUUGGCCCCCAGGCCGGACUUUGGACAUGUCUGGUUUAAUGUAAUGUUAGGUCUGGUAAUUGCCAGACUUUCAGUACCAAAAUUAGUGGUGUUUCCCACAUUCACAACAUUGAUGUCUUUUUAAAUAACAGUGGCUGCUGCUGCCCCCCCCCCCCCCCCAAAAAAAUCCCUCCUCUUCGAAGGGGGCGGAGGAGGCGUUUGAGGGGGGAAAAAAUGGACCGACACAUGAACAGCUGAAUAGGGAUAAAUGUAAGUCUGAACAUAAUGAAAAUAAUAAUAAUAAUAGUAGGGUCUAUUCGUUCUUUACGACAUAUGGAACGACAAUCUAAAUGACCUAUAUAACUGAAGUCAUACGUAUAAUGCAAAUAAGGUUGCUUAAAAGUUGAUGAAGACAAUUUGAGCAUCCUUAAAAGUUGGGAGUGUUAUUUCAUUACCUGUGCAAACAUACGCCCUUGGCUGACUGAAUGAAGCCCACCCUUGUUCAAAUGGAUUUGGACAUCUAUCAAGGUCAAUGGCAGCUAAUGUGUUAAAAAUGGUGAAUGUCAUUUUUAGGAUUGAAACCCUCCUGUUUUUUCUGGUUAAAGUGACAAGUUUUGAUGCAUUGAAAAAAAAUGAAAUAACGUCAUCAUUUAACAUCAAUAUUGAUUGAAAUGGUGAGUGAAAGAGUUUAAAUUAUUGAUGAUAUUUUGUUUUGGGUCAUUAAACACUUUCCCAGGCAAAUUGACCCAAUUUACAGUUUUUAAAAAAUUAGCAUGUAUUUUUUUAGUUAAAAAAAAUACAAGUCAAAAUGUCACUAUAAUACAGUAGAUUCAAAUGGUAAUGCAGAUAAUCAAUGUUUUAAAUUUGAUGGGUUUUGGACACUUGGAGUAUUAAAAAAUUAAUACCACAACCUGGUCAAAAUUGAUUUUAGCAACCAAUGUAAUGGGAGGGUUAAAUUAUAUUUUAGGCAAAAGUAAUUAUAAAAAAACUUUGCAAAAAUUGUCUCAUUAAAUGACACCACAAUCCAAACAACAUGAUUGUGCUUUUAUUUGACUGCUUUCACACAAACGUUUGGCCCUGAUACGCAACUAGAACUACAGCGCCGGCCAUGUUUUCACGUCUCUUCUCAUCGAAAAUCACAGUAUCGAAAUGCAUCGACUAGAUAUAUAUAUAUGUAUAUAUUAUUAUCUGUAUACAGUAAUUCUUAUUUCCAGGUUUGAAAGCUGGAGAGUAGCUGAAAAGCACCAAAGUCGAAUGUGGCACAUGUCCGAAUGUUGUCGAAAUGCGCCCUUGUGUAGAAGAUCCCAAAGGCACUUUCCAUCCUCUAAAUUGGUGUCAAAUGAAAAGUUGCUAUGUUUUUAAGGCUCACGACUGACCUAAAACAUAGCGAAAUGCAGUGGAU